GGGACAAUCCACCCUUCCCGUCUGUGGAGAUGGAACGGGUAACUCUUAUUUGCCACCUCAACCGAAGGAACAUGGCAUAUUGCCAAAAUUAGUAAGAUGGUCUCCUCUUAUUUCUGUGGCCCCAAAAGACGCAAAAGGCUUAAGGAUACAUAUUCCCCGUGCUCUUCCAAUAUCCCUCGACUGCAUUUCCACCGGAGGCCGAAGCAGGGACACACAAAGCGAUGAUGAGACUUCUGUUCUCGCCUACGUACUUAACCUUGCCUGAUAUCAAGAAUUAUCUGACCUUCUGAUCUGCUGUGCUGCCAACUUGUGUCAAUCCCAAGCACGCUACGCAGAUCUGGUAGAUUAGCAAGCCUCCCCUGUGUUCGGGAACGGCCAAACCAAAGAGAGACACCCCUGGACCUUGUAUUAACCCCCCCGUUACUUGAACCAUCCAUCAGCAGCUUUCCUGCUUGCUUCCUUGGACCUUGGACGUAUUACUGAGAGACCCGAGUAAUAACACCAUCGAACCGCCGGUCUCGCCGUGCAGGCUUUCUUUCUGCUUCCUCUACACUUGCUCGCAACGUCUACGCACUCUCAUCUCGUAUACCGUAUAGUAGAUAUCCUACGAUCGAGUCUUCUCUUGUCAGAAAAUGGACUUUUCACAUCCGUUCUACGGUGGAGCUCAUCCCUAUCACUUUAUCGGGAUUCCUCCCUUGACCCCGUCUCAUUCCAACUCAGCCGCAUCCGACGAGUUCAACAACCACUCUCCACAUGAUGUUUACGAUGGCUUCCAGAAUAGUGAACACUUUCAACAGAACUUUGAGCCGUAUGCCCAAUUCAAUCAACAAACUCAGGCCUUUCCCGGCCCUCCCGGCCCGCCGACACCGCCGACGCAUCCGAUCCACGGUCAGAGCAGCCAGAACCAAUCUCAGCUGAACGGUGCCUCGAGUGUGAAGAGUAACCCGGCCGAUAUACUACCUAUGGCCAAGCCGGAUCCCGACGCAAAUAGACAGACGGCAUCCAAUUCGGAUGACGACGAUCUGACGCCUGCCCAAUCUCGCCGGAAGGCGCAAAAUCGGGCCGCUCAACGCGCAUUCCGAGAACGCAAAGAACGACAUGUUAAAGACCUCGAAGCAAAGCUAGCUAGCUUGGAAGCACAGCAGCAUCAGACGGCCAGCGAGAACGAAAAGCUGAAACGCGACCUGCAGAAGAUGAGCACUGAGAACGAGAUUCUGCGCGCCACGUCCAACGUCCACGCCCAGAACGGUUCCCUGUCGCCCCCCGCCCCGACGACCACAGGCCCAAUGCAGUACAACCCCACGGACUUCUACUCGGACCUCCUCCAGAACCACACCAACAAGACCCCGAGCCACCGCAUAGUGGAGUCUGGCGGAGAGCGUCUCUUAGCUGCGGGUGCUACGUGGGAUUAUAUCAUUAACCAUGAGUUAUUUAAACAAGGCAGGGUCGAUGUCGGCGAUGUGAGCCUGCGGCUAAAAUCUCAAGCCAAGUGCGACGGACAGGGUCCUGUCUUCGAGGAACGUGUCAUUCUACAGGCCAUCGUGGAAAGCGUCGCGAGUGGUAGCGAUGAGCUGUUAUGAGCGACGUAACUAAAGCAUGAUGAUAAGAUUUGUCGUACCGGGGAAGAAUCGCUGUUUUCAAAUCAGCAGAGAGAGGAGGGGGGGCGGAGAUGAGACCACGAUGAGACCACGAUGGCGUAUAGGAUCACAGGAAAACGAUCUCGGUUCUGUUAUUGGCGGACGGGGGGCAACGUAUCGAGCAUCGAUGGAUGAACACUCGAGUAUGUUACGACCGAAAGCGCUUGGGUGUGCUUCAUAGCAGUGGGAGGAGGUCCUUACUGGUUCCCCCAAUCGUCAAUUCUCGGAAGGGGGACCGAAUAACAAGCACCGGCAAAGUACCACGCGGGGAAGGAUAGGGGUGUGAAGGGGAACGACAUAGAGGACGACACCAAACUCAAACAUGGUUGGGGAGUUUCUGGCUGGAAGGUUAUAUCUAUUAUUGCAAGGUUAAAGGUGGCUGCUUUGUUUUUUUUUUUUUUUUUAAAAAAAAAAAAACCACGAAGUCAAUAAGAAGAAAGGAUUUAAGACAAGACAUUUACGAUUCUAACCUGUUCGAAAUAUUUUCUCUCUAUGGCCGUUUCUC